AUGUUUAAAUUGGAAGCAGAAAGAUGUAUGAUCGAGAGGUUCGUUGCAGGUAAGAAUGUAGGUGCUAACAUAAAAGCCGGUUAUAUUCCCGGAUUCAGUGGUAUGCCAAAUAUUGACGAGCAAAAUUGCAUGAACGAAGAACUAUUUGCUGAUUCCUACUUGUCAAAUCCCCUUGAAUGUGCUCGUACCUGUCAAGAAGGAGAAACGAGGACAUGUUAUUACAAAUUUGUGCUGGAACGUUACCCCAUUAAUGGCGCAGCAUGCAGUCUUUGCACGCCUAACAUCACUAACACACUUUGCGCCAAUUGCCAAUGUAUCCUUGGUGAUGGAGUCGAGCGUAUGGCUCUAACCGUGAACAGAAUGAUACCAGGUCCAAGCGUCCAAGUUUGUCAAGGAGAUUACGUGGUCGUUGACGUUUUGAAUAAUAUCAAUUCAGAAGCAGUGACGAUCCAUUGGCAUGGAAUACAGCAACAGGGUUCUCCACAUCAGGAUGGUGUUCCAAAUCUAACUCAGUGCCCGAUCAUAUACAAAAAUGCAUACAGAUAUCAAUUUUUCGCAAACACUAGCGGUACUCAUUUUUGGCACGCGCACACAGGUGCACAGAAGAUGGACGGUAUUUUCGGCAGCUUCGUGGUACGAGAAACUGAAAAGCAAGACGUCCAUUCGCAUCUUUAUGACUUCGAUUUAGCAAAUCAUGUAAUGCUUGUUAACGAUUGGUUCACGGAGGAAACAACGAGCCGAUUUCCAGGUCGUAAAAUUGGUGUGAAACAACACCUUCCCGAGUCGUUUUUCAUCAAUGGAAAAGGAAGAUAUACGAAUUCAUAUGGUGUUACGACAAACGUUCCAUUGGAAGUGAUCACUGUGGAAGCUGGUCAUCGAUAUCGUUUCCGUUUCAUUAACUCUAUCUGUACUGUUUGUGGAGUACAAUUGACCAUUGAAAAGCACAAGCUUACAGUCAUUAGUAGCGAUGGCCAAUCUGUGGAACCUGUUGUAGUUGACUCCAUCGUUUCGUUUGCUGGUGAACGAUACGAUUUUGUUCUAAAUGCUACUGAAUCAAGUGGUGCCUACUGGAUCCAACUUCGUGGGAUAGGCGAAUGUGAGGACGUUAAAAUUCAACAAUUGGCUAUAUUACAAUAUGUGAGCGGAUCUACCACUCCAGCCUCGAGAGAACCUACUUACGAUUAUCCGCUUCGUAAAGGACUUAUACUGAAUCCAAUGGAUCUCGACUGCAAAAACAAAGUUUGCGUUAGUGACUUGAAGCAUGCGUUAAAAGUCGAUUCAGAUAUUCUGCAAGAAAAGCCGGAUGUGAAACUAGUGAUUCCUAUAGGCGUGGUGAACCAUUCACCUGAAGAAUUUUUCAAACCCAACGAGUACAAAAACUUCUUAGUUGCGAGACCGAAUGUGGUGGUAACGGAAACAUUGAACAAUAUAAGCCUCUCACUUCCUCCUUCACCACCGCUCAGUCAACUGUCAGAUGUUCCCGGAAGUGAAAUCUGCAAUGCCGAUAACAUGCCAACUAAUUGCGGCUCGACAGUUUGUACUUGCACCCACGUUAUUAAGGUUCCUUUACAUUCUGUCGUGGAAAUCGUCGUCGUCGAUGAGUGUAAGAUUGUAAUUGCAGUUCGUGCAGCAGAAGUGUAUCAUCCCUUCCAUAUGCAUGGAUAUGCGUUCCACGUUGUGAGCAUAGGUCAACCAUUAGGUCCUUUUUCGGACAGCACUCGCGCAAUGACUGUCAAGUUAUUUAAUCAACUUGAAGAGUCCAAUCAGGUUAAAAGGAACUUCAAUGCUCCACCUAGCAAAGACACUUUCGCUAUACCCAAUAAUGGAUAUGCCAUACUGAGAUUUAAGGCAGAUAAUCCAGGCUUCUGGAUGUUCCAUUGCCAUCAAAUGUUUCAUAUACUGGUAGGUAUGGAACUCGUUAUACAAGUUGGAGAACCAAAGGACUUCCCAGAGACACCGAAAGAUUUUCCGAAAUGCGGCAAUUACAUACCGAAAGUUGAAGUGCGAAAUCAAAAGAACAACCGAGCCAGACAAUACUUUUAAACCUGCGAAAAAUCAUUAUAUUUUCUAAUAUUUAUCAGAGAUAAAAAUUGGUUCAUUCUACAUUUACAUACAGCUUAAAUAUAUUAAACUCCAAUUGCUAACUCGUGCCCUUUCAUCAUUUCAAUUAAUGGAAAGAAAGAAAAUAAAAUAAAACUUCUCAAUAUAUUCUAAUAUUAUAAUAAAGUUAUAUUAUUGUGCAUACUACAAAAAAUUUUUUUUAACGUCCUGUAUAUUCGACUUUUAUACGUCAGUUAUUAAUUAAUUCAAUGCUAACUUAAUUAACAACUGCGUUAUACUAUUUAUCGUUUUUAUUCUAACUAUAGCCACACGUACAAAUAUGUUAGAAUUUUUACAAUAAAAAGUAGUUAACUCGCAUACGUCGCCAGUUGUAAUUAUUUGAACAUCUGUACACUUUGAUAUAAAUUUAAACAUAAACGAUCAUUAUGAAAUUAUCGAAAAAUUUGAAAUCAGACUUUUUUUCUUGUAUUAUUAUAAAACUAGUAAUUAUAACAGCCUGUUUACAUUGGAAUUUUCGUAUUUAAGGUGAUGCGAGCGUCGAAAACUUUACCGACAGUCCCUAGAAAAAUCCCUAGAUCGUAGAACACACCAUUUUUCGUUCCUGCUGAACAGAUUGCAAAGAAAUUUGAGAGACGUGUUCAGGAGGCCCUAAAGAAUGGCGCUCUGGUCCUUAUUUUACCUAAAUCGUCAAAAAGUUGUAAAAUAU